AUGGAGGGGGCUUUAUCUAAUAUGUGCUCUAAGCUCUCGCUACAAGGUGAUGGAGGAGACACCGUGGUUGUGAAAGAUCAGGACUGGCUGGGUGGUAAUGAAGGGGGGUUAGCAUGGUUUCAUUUAAUAGGAAGGCUGUUCUCCAAGAGAAAGGCGAAUGUAGAUGGACUCAGAACGGCAAUGUUGCUGGCUUGGAGGUUGGAAGGAGCUUUCAUGGUCAAGGAGGCAGGGGACAAUCUAUUUACUUUUCAAUUUGAAGAUGAAGUGGAGCGGGAUCGGAUUCUAGUGACUCGGCCAUGGUGUUUUAAUGGGCCUUGCUGGGUCUGUGGCCGUUUGGUGCAUUUGGAUACAGAUUGCCCGGUGGGAGUAAUAAUGUUCAAAACUCAAGGCUGUAUUGAGAAACAUUUCAAUGAUAGUUUAAGGGCUGAGAUUCCAGAUGCGAAGCCUCGACAGAUGGGUUCUGUCCCUCGGUCUCAGGUGGGUUUCUCGGCAUCAAUGGCUGGUAAGGGUGUUUCUCGGCAGCAACAAACAUCCACAGCCUCGGGCUUGGGUCGAGCGAGGGCAUUUCGCAAUCACAUUGACAAUAUGCUUCUCCGAGGGAGAAGGGCGGCGCGUGGGGAAGACGGUGGGGAAGUUUCCUGUGAGAUCAUCUCCAAGAUUGGCGGUUCACCAUUAGUGUUAAACAAGGGAGGGAUGGAUUCACGAACGACCCAUCAGAAAUGGCGUGGAAAGCAGAAGGAAUUAGUAGCAGCAUUUUCGCAGCAGUUUGAGGAAUCGGCUGACUACUCCCCUAAUUUUCAAGAAGAGGAUUUUCGAGCUGUUCUGUUGGGUAAAACGGUUUCGGGUUUGGGCCAGUCCAUUCCUAGUAUUGGGCCUACGACUAAUGGUCCUGUUCCAGUGGAUAUAAAUCCUGGCCCAACAGCAGAGUCUUCUUCUCCAGCUGCACACUUUGUUUUUGGCGCAACUUCACCACAGCAAGGGAGGAGGCAACGGAAGUGGAAAAAAACUGCUAGGGUGUCUCACCAUUACUCUUUUGAUGUUAUGGGACCAGACACAAAUUUUAGGAUCGGGCAGAAGAGGGGAUCAAGGAUUCCUAAUUAUGAAUUUCUCAACACUGGAGCUAAUAAACGCUCCAAGGACAGAGAGGGUUUGCUGGGAAAUCAAGAAUCUGAUGACUUUGGCCCUUCCAUUUAUCGCAACAAUGGAGCUGAUGUGGAACCUGGUGCGGCGACUAAUGGUGGGAAUCUGGAUGAUCAGGCAGCUGGUGAUGAUAAUUGUUUUAGUGUUAGUAGUAGUGGUAGAGCAGGUGGUUUGGCUAUGCUUUGGAAUAAUGAAAUUUUGGUUUCUGUUGUGUCGUAUUCUACUUUGCAUAUUGAUGUUCAUGUGGGUGGCGAUUUUAACGAAUUACUAUCAAAUGAUGAAAAAAUUGGUGGCAAUAUAAGGCCACAACGCCAAAUGGAAGGGUUUAGAGAAGCUGUGGAUGAAUGUCAUUUUCAUGAAUUGACAACUAAAGGACCUCUUAAGCAUGAGGGUUUGGAGGAUGUGAUUAAAGAGAAUUGGAAUCUAGACCCAAAUAUAGACGUUCAACAUGCCAUUGCAACAUGUGGUAAAGCUUUGCAGGUUUGGGACAGAACUAUUUUUGGCAAUGUAAGAUCUAGAAUUCGAGUUAAGCAGAAUGAGCUUGAGGAACUUUAUAUGGAGGUGGAGCAGCAGGAAGGUAAUCAAGCUAUUCAAGAGCGUUUAGAUGAGUUAAAUGUUCUAUAUGACCAGGAGGAGAUUAUGUGGCGCCAGCGAUCUAGAGUGUCGUCGUUGAAGGAUGGUGAUUGUAAUUCAAGAUUUUUCCACUCCAUUGCUUCGACUAGAAAGCGGCGAAAUUUUAUUGUGGCAAUUCGUGACGAGGACGGAGCAUGGCAGAGCAAUCGAGGAUCGGCUGACAAGCUGAUUUUGGAUUAUUUUGAUGGCAUCUUUAUUAGUUCCUCUCCAGACAUGGAUCGAGUUCAUGCGGUUGCUGGGUUUGUGGAUAGUGCUAUGGUUGCUUUUGAGACGGUACAUUAUUUGAAGAAUAAACGCAAUGGGACUGAUGGAUAUAUGGCUGUCAAGCUGGAUUUGAGCAAGGCAUAUGACAGGGUAGAAUGGACGUUUUUAGAGGCUGUUAUGAGGCAAAUCGGGUUCUCGGAGAGGUGGAUUUCUUUAGUUUUGGCUUGUGUUCAAUCGGUCUCUUAUUCGUUUUUGAUAAAUGGGGCGCAAACAGAGACUAUCAGGCCAACUAGAGGGAUCCGACAGGGGGAUCCGUUAUCUCCAUAUCUAUUCCUUCUCUGCAUAGAAGAAUGCGAUUCUAUUUUGAAAGCGUUUGAGGUGGCUUUGGGGCAGAUGAUUAAUGUGGAUAAAUCAGUUGUAUUGUUUAGUAAGAAUGUGCCUGAGUUAUCUCGAAAUGGUAUCAUGCAAAAGCUAGGGGUGCAGAAGAUCCUAGCAAAGGACAAAUAUCUCCGUAUGCCAAUCAUGAUUGACAAAUCAAAGAGAGCAGAAUUGGAAGCAAUAAAAGACAGGCUUUGGAAACGAAUCAGGAGUUGGAAUGGCAAAUUGUUAUCUAUCGCAGGAAGGGAGGUUAUUAAGGUAGGCCCUCGAUGGAGAGUCGGUGAUGGGUCUUCGAUUGAUGUUUGGUCUGAGAAGUGGCUGAAUAAAUCGCCUAUGUUUCAACCCCAACCACGACCUGACAUUGUGUGUCACCCGACUAAGGUUAGCUCAUUGAUUUUUAAUGGUCAAUGGGAUGGUGAUCUCCUGAAUGAGUUAUUUGAAGCUGCGGAUGUAAGGCAUAUUCUUUGCAUUCCUUUGUCUAUUUUGCCUUCUAAUGAUACUCUUAUUUGGCAUGGUAAUAGUGAUGGACUCUAUACAGUAAAAUCAGGAUACCAUAUUGCUAGAUUAGUGCUAUCUAAAUCGCUUCCUGAUGUUGAGAAUAGGAAUGUAUUUUGGCGUCGGGUUUGGGGAGCUUCUAUGCAGCCAAAAGUAAAGUAUUUUUUAUGGAGGCUAUGGCAUAAUAUUUUGCCUACAAAGUAUAAUCUGCAGCAGCGUGGAGUACCUGUAGAUGAUGUUUGUUCUUGCUCUAACACCGACACUUCAUUGCUGCACAUUUUUUUCCAUUGUCCUUUUGCUGUUAAAGUUUGGGAGAUAUCUCGCCCAUGGCUAAUGGAGUAUUUGCAAGGGUGGAUAGCGGCAAGGAUAGUGUAUGAUUUUGAGGCGGUUCGGCAGCAAGGACAUGCGACUCGACAGGUGAUGAGGCCUCAACGAUGGCUACCCCCGACGGUUGCGCAAUAUCGAAUCAAUACUGAUGCCUCUUUCAAUUCGGAGAAAGGGGAAGCUGGGUUGGGGGCGGUGAUAAGAGAUAGGCAAGGGUUUAGGGUUGUAGCAGCAAGAAUUAUGAAUGUUCCAGACCCUUUAUUUGCAGAAGUUUUAUGUCGUAAGGAAUGUAACAUGGCUACUGCAUCAAGGUGCCAUUUUGCCUUGCAGCACUCAUUGAUGCAAAAGGAUUCCAAGCCCCAGCUAUGCAUUGGGGUUCUCAUCCCAUCAUGCAUUGGCGUUCUUAUGCCAUCAUGCAUUGGAGUUCUCAUGCCAUCAAGAAUUGGUGUGGCUUUAAAGGCUCUCCAGAUAUUCCCUCAGUCUUUGAAUAGUGAUGAUGACGUGCCAAUGGAAGAUGAUUAUUUAGAGUCAGAGGGGAUGGGUGGACUUGAUACAGAGCUUGAAAAGCUGAGUUAG